ACUAAUAAAGGUUUUCUUAGUUCUCCCAGCCUUCUCCAGGUGUGACAGCACCGAGUGGAGGACGUACGUAGAUGAUGGUCUUUCUCUGUCCAUAUCAUCUGUCUCUUGGUGUCCAGGGAAAUCUGUGGACCUUCAAAGAUUUGCCUCUUUGCCUGUGAAACCUGACAGCCACACACUGUUGUUAUUUUUUUUUAUUAUGAAAGAACUACGAUAAGAAUUGAUAAACAGUAUGCACUCGCGUGAUGAGCUCCAAGAUGGCGCUUGAAAUAAAUCAUGUGACCGGCAAUCAACGUCCGGAGCGGCAAGAAGUGGAGAGAUCAAAAGCUGCCCAGACUCGUUUUAUGUAUGGCGCUCACUUUUAUUACUCCUGGGAUCCCCGAGUCAUUAUAAUUUUUCUGAUGUGCUAUAUAUGCGUUUACUUUUUCAUUCUAUGUUACAAACAAAAUUCCAAAUACAAUUGGAAGUGAUUUACAGUACAAUAAAUUCAUCUUUACCUGUGAGACCUCAGUUGUCAAAUUGAAAACAUGCCUCUCAGGCAUGAUUUCAAUUUUACAGCCAUGCACUGUGUGAACCCUCUUUACCGUAAGGCAUAUACCGUAUCCUUCGUCCCAUGGUUGUCAGUUUGUAAUAUGUACACUAUGUGUCAGACUAUUUUGCAUUUUACUUGAAAUUUACAUGAUUUAACAACGCCAUAAAACAAUUUAUUUGUGGUCCUUCUAUGUGGAUAUAAGAUGUACUCUAUUGAGCAUAAGCAUUGAAUCAUCUUGUUUGAAUUCGGAAGACACAGUAAUUCAUAGUUUAACUGUCUAUAAAGUUUUAAGAGGCCAAAGAGCAUUUAAAAGAAUGAUGGUGCAAUCACAUUUCAAAAAUGAUUCUUUUAUAUGCACGGGCUUUGAACACUGACCCCAUAAAACGUAACAAUGAUUAAUUUUUUUCCACACAAUUUUCCUUCCUACUAUGAUUCGGCAGUUGCCAGCAGGGCAUUAAGAGCAGUGGGCUGGACAUUUUGGUCGCCAACAUCUUAUUGGAUAACCAACAGAACAGUCGAGGAUUGAGUCCAGUAAAAUCCACGGAUGAUAGUCUGUUGAGGAAACACAUCUAGUUGUCUUUAGAGGUCGGCUGGACACGGAUGACUCUCCACUGACAUCACAUUUCCAAUAUGUCAAUAUUCAAGGAAACAACUGCAGAACUUUCUGCCUGCCCAUCUGAGGCCACGAUCUGCUCCGGCACUAACUGCCUUGUACCGACCACUGACUUUAAUGCAACGCUUAGUCUCGUGCUGAGCACCGUGCUCACCAUCAUGCUGGCGAUGGUCAUGUUUUCCAUGGGCUGCACUGUGGAUGCCCAAAAACUUUGGGGGCACCUGAAGAGACCCUGGGGCAUCAUUAUUGGGUUCCUCUGCCAAUUUGGCAUUAUGCCUUUUACCGCCUUUGCUUUGUCAAUUGCCUUCAAUGUGUUGCCUGUUCAGGCCAUUGUCAUCAUUAUCAUGGGCUGCUGUCCUGGAGGGUCCGGUUCCAAUAUUAUCUGCUACUGGCUAGAUGGAGAUAUGGACCUAAGUAUCAGUAUGACAGCAUGUUCCUCCAUCCUGGCCCUGGGAAUGAUGCCACUCUGUCUGCUUAUCUACACCUCCACCUGGACGUCUUCAGAAACCAUCCAAAUCCCAUAUGACAGUAUUGGUAUAACUCUUGUGGCCCUCCUUGUCCCAAUCACUAUUGGAAUGUAUUUUAAACGCAGAUGGCCCCAUUUGGCUAAAAAGAUCCUCAAGAUUGGGUCCUUGACAGGCUUUGUUCUCAUUAUCAUCAUUGCUGUCGUUGGGGGAAUUCUUUACCAGUCUUCCUGGACCAUCGCACCCUCCCUUUGGAUAAUUGGAACUAUCUACCCCUUUAUUGGUUUUGGGCUAGGUUUCCUUCUGGCCCGCUUUGCGGGUCAACCAUGGUACAGGUGUCGAACGAUUGCUUUGGAGACUGGUUUUCAGAACUCCCAGUUGUGUAGCACCAUUGUCCAGCUGUCCUUCAAUCCGGCUGAACUGGAGGUCAUGUUUGCAUUUCCUCUUAUCUACAGCAUCUUUCAGCUCGUGGUGGCUGUCCUCUUUGUAGGAGGAUACCAAGCCUACAAAAAGUCAUGUGGUCCGGGAUCAGCUGAAACAGACAGUGAAUCUCCGCCAUUGGAAGACGGCUUUGUAGAACGAGCAAAGGAGAAGCGCUUUCAUGUGGAAAAUAGCUCUUUUGAGUUGAAUGAGGAUCAUAUUAAUAAAGGCAAGGCUGAGCACUUUGACAAGAACACCCAACUCUGAGACGAUAUCUUUGCUGACUUUGUACAAAAUGACCUCCACAAGCAAGGUAGUCCUGUGGAAACCCCCAAACUGUGAACCCACGCUACACUCUGCAGGAUAGGGUUGUGUGCAGCGGUUUUACUCUGUUUGAAUUUUGAAGAACCCCUGAAUAGGGGGUUACCCAAAUGAAUGGUGAAUAUUCGUGUUUUAGUCGAGAGACAUUUUUCAUGCUCAGAAGAAGGAAUUUGAAUGGCCGUCGUGUUAUAGAGACCUGUUGUAUGCGAUAAACGCCAAAUUAAAAAAAAACAAAACCAAAACUAUAAUAUAAAAUAACUAAAACUAUUGUGUACAAACUAUUACAUUUUGCUGAACCUAUAUACACUGAGCCAAUUAAGUAACAGGACAAAAGUAUAUUUGCACAUUGAGGUAAAUUAAUCUACAUUCCAUCCUUUUUUUUAAACUGUAUAAUCACAAUUUAUUUAUAGUAUUUUAGAAAGAGUUUUUCAACUAUACUUUGCUUGUUUAUGUGUUUGACUCAAUUUAUACCUCAUGGUUCUCCAAUUUCUCCACUGUGAGACAAAUAAAGGUUUUUCUUAUCUUAUCUUAUGUUUGUGAAUAAAUUGAUGGCUAACCUCA